AUGGAGGGCGGCGGGGAGGCGCUGCCCGCCGACCUGCGGGAGCUGGCCAGCAAGGUGGGACGGCGGCCGCCCGCCGGGCUGCUGCGGGGGCUGCGGGCCGAGACCGCCCCCGCACCGCCGGCACCGCCGGCACCGGCCCGCGGCGCCCGACCGCCCCUCGCCGACCGCCUCCGGGCGCUCCGCCUCGAGCUGGCCUACCUGCGAGCGGUUGACGUGAAGAUCCUGCAGCAGCUGGUGGUGGUGAAUGAGGGCAUCGAGGCGGUGAAGUGGCUGCUGGAGGAGAGGAGCACGCUGACCAGCCGCUGCAGCAGCCUGGCCAGCAGCCAGUACAGCCUGGUGGAGAGCCAGGCGGCCUCGCGGCGGGGCAGCUGGGACAGCCUGCAGGAGGACCCCAACGACAGGCUGGACAGCAUCUCUGUCGGUAGCUACCUGGACACGUUGGCCGAUGACAUGGAUGAGUAUUCCCAAAACGCCGCCGAAAACGCCACCGCAUCCACACCGGGCAGAGCCCUGGUCAGGGCGGAGCAGGAUUGGGUCAGGAUCGACCCCGAGAGGGGUCUUGCAAAGCAAGAGAAGGGCAAAGCGGAGCACGAGUGGCCCCACGUGGACCUCUCCCCACCCGGGCUGCCCCAGGAUCACCGGUUUGCUAAGGAGCCCCAGGUGGCCAACGGGUAUUUGGGCCAGCAGUCCUCCUCUCUGGAACCAGGCAGAGACACCAAAUUGCCAUCGGGGGCCGGGGAGAGGCUGGGGAAGGGGAACUCGGGUGGGAAGGCUCGGAAGGCUGAGGCUGACUUCGAGAACUGCAAACUCAACAGCAAACUGCACCUGGAGUACGAUGCCCACUGGCGCUGGCUCCAGUCUCAGGACGAUGUGACGUUCUUGUAGCCCGUGGCUUCGCCUUCCCAGUCCAGCUCUCCCAACUGCCUGCUCUGCUUCUCUUGUCUCCGCUUGGGAGAGUUGGGGUGGCUGGAGAGGGGGGGACAGGCUGGCUUGGUGGUGUUGCACUGUUCCUCUGACCCCUGCCCCCCCCGUCAGUGUUUGGUGAUGCAGCCCUAAGGGAUGAGGUGCCCGCCCUGCAGCAAAUUUCUGGGAGAGGCGAGUCCCUGUAAAUUUAAUUCUUUGCUCUGGGGUGGUGCUUGCAGGUGGCUGGUCACUCCUCUGUUGUCCUUGAUGUUGGUGGUGGGGAAGGGUUGGUGGGGAAACCUGGGACAGUGGGACUGCUGGGACCUCUCCCCUCUUACCCUCAGCCUCCUGUCUGCAAAAACUGGGGACCCUUCCCCCAAACUGGCUACCAAGAGAGGACAGGAGAUGCUCCCACGCAUCCACAGCUCAGUGGCACCAGCAUGCUCAGUGUGAGGUGCGGGGCAGGACCAUCAGCAGGGCAUCCCUGUUGGAUGUGCUUAUUUCCAUCAUCGUCUUCCAGGCCAGUGUCCAUCCAGGGUAGAGUUGACCUGGGGCACCUGGGGUUUGGCCACAGCACAUGACGGAUGCUAAAAACUCCUUCCCUGUGGGUGAAGCCCUGCCUGGUUUAAACGCCUCUGUGAAGCUGAUCUGAAGUGUGAUCAGGGCGGUCACUGUACUGCUCCUGUUGGGCUGGGGAGCCUUCGUCCAUGCCCUGCGGAGGAAGGAUGACGGUGCAGACUUCCUUUCCUGAAGUGAUUACGCGAGAAGGGCAAAGCGCUGGGUGGGAGAUGGAGAUGCAGUUCUCCCAGUUUGUUUCUGGACUGUCUUCCACCUUGAGACCAGGUCCUGCAGAAAGCCCGGGAUGUGGCAGCGUACGGGCAGCCUGGCAGAGCCUGCGGGGCUCAGACUCAGAAAGGCUCGUGCUUUCCCCUGACGCAGUGUGAUGGGGGUGAUGGCCAGGAUUCUCCAUCUGUGUGAUGAAUGGUGCCAGGUCUCUGCCCCCUACCAGCAACCAGAAACAUGAGGCUUCUCUGCCAGGGUGGAUUUGCAGCAACCCUGCCCUGGAGACAUCUUCUCUGUCCUUUUAGCCUUGGCUUCUGCCUGUGCCUUUUACUGUCCACCCACCAUGCCUCCCAGCACACCCCUCGCUGGCUUGUAGAGCAUGGCUUGCAGCUGGAGCUGUGUGAGAGCUUGGGCAGGACCUGCUGCCUUCACCAGACGAUGCAGGGAAGGACCUGAGCAUCCCGCAGCCCCCUGCUUCAAGGAGAGGGGCUCUUCCACGCGCGUGGACAAGCCUGGAGAGUCCUGGCUUCACAACCCGUGGGUGCGUCUGGCCCCGGCCGAGUGCUGUGACAGCUUUGCUCUUGCCAUGGUGCUGUUGUUUCCCUGCCUGCGUGGGUCGCAGCCUUGCUGGGGUGGUGGGAGUGGGGACAACAUCUCCUGAUGUCAAUGGGAAGCCAGGAGAGAGGGAAGACCUGGCUGUGACUCUUCCUAGAUGUGAGAUGUGAGCUAGCUGUGGUUAGGAAGGUGGUCGGGUGCAUGACAGGGUCAGCUUUGUGUCUCUGAAGCAGCACCUUCAGUGGAAACUACCCUCUGUGCCGAGACCCCCGAGCACCCUCCCUUCCCCUGCAGAUCCUCAGGGCUUCCCUGGAUGGACAUGGAGAGCAGGACAACAUCCAAAAUUCACAGAGACGGCACCUGCCGAGGACUUGGGGGAAUCCCAGCAAACCGGGACCAGGUUGCGCCACGCGAGCAUCCCAUCUGCCUGCCCCGGAGCAGCCAUGCUUGGCUUGCUGUCGCCUGCGAGCAGCUCGUGGCUCCCUAUGUAGCACUGCUGCUGAGCCACCACGUCCCCCAAGGCUGGCUGUCCCCCGCUUUCCUUCUAGCCCUGCAUGCAAUGAAUCAGCUGAGGGUCCCUGGGGGAGACAGGGUAAGUCCUCCAGUGCUGUUAAAAUAAUUCUCAACAAAAAAAUAGCUGGCUUAAUAAAUGGUAGUGUUUCUCCCAGGC